AUGUUGUUUUUAACAGCUUUUGAGGCAUUUUUGUCUGGUUCAUGGAAAGCUGUGGAGCUCAUAAAGAUUGAGUCAGGAACUGCAAGUCUGCUUUCGAUAGAUAAUCACUACAUGGAGAAAGACCUUUUUUCUGAUAUUCGAAUAAGGUCAAGGAAAGCCACUUUAUCAGAUUGCAUCAACUUUUUACGACCUGGGAUUGACAUAUGUGUUCUCUCAUCCUCUAAGAGUGGUGAUUCUAAUUCAGAUGGAUUUAGUGCUAAGCAUGUGUGGGUGGACGCAAAAAUAAAUUCUAUACAGAGAAAACCCCACAAUUCAGAGUGUUCAUGUCAGUACCAUGUAAACUUCUAUGUUAAUCAAGGAUCACUUGGUACAGAGAUAAAAACUCUUCUUAAGGAGGUUAAGAUAAUUGGAAUAAAUGAAAUCGCCAUCCUCCAAAAGCUUGAACGUACUAGUUGUGAAGACCAACACUAUAGAUGGGAAUCAUCCGAAGAUUGCUCCAGAUUACCACAUUCUAAAUUGAUGUUAGGAAAAUUUUUAUCUGAUCUUUCAUGGUUAGUUGUUACAUCUGUUUUAAAGAAGGUUUCAUUUUGUGCAAGAUCUGUGAAAAAUAAGAUUGUGUAUCAAAUUUUAGGGACUGGUGUCGCCAACUCUUCAUUAAACAUGCAUUCUUCUAUAAGUGUUGUGAACUUUGAAGUGAACCGCGAUGGCCAGUUUAAGCCCAUUGUAGCUCAAGUUGAUGUAUCUGAUACUGAUACCAAUAUAAGUGGUCAUGCAUAUGAUUCCCAUUACGAUGAAGGGUCACUAUCUCAUGUUCUGGGCUUACGAAGAUCCAACCGUAGGAACAUUCAACCUGAACGUUACUUUGUUUCUGGUAACCUUUCCGAGAUAAAGGUUGGUAAUAUUCGAACCUGGCCAUACAAGAUCAAGAAAAGGAAAGAGGAUGAUGACGUGAGUUCUUGCCAGCAUAUUAUAGUGUACCAUAGGAAGAACGGAAAGAAGGAAUUAAAGUCUGCUAAGUCUGCUGAGACCAAUCAAAAUGAACAUCAAACUCAACUUGAUAGCUAUCCUCGUCUAGAAGAGAGAGAUUCUUUAGCCCUUGAACAUCCUCUUCUCAAUGACAAAAUUACUAGAAGUAAUGCAAAUCACAGCAACCCUGAUCAUAAGAGGAAGAGAUUGUUAGAUCUGGAUGACGAUGAAGGUUCUGAUCCUGAGGGGAAAGAAUUAAAUUUCAACGUAAGUUCCAAUAAAGGAAAUGAUAGAAGCUUAAAUGCAACGGCCUACAAGGAAAUGAUAGAUUCAUACUUAAAGGAUAUUAAUAGAACUCCAAUGGAAGAAGAACCAACUGUAAUGAACCUGUGGAAGAAAAUAAGCAACUUGGAGCAGAAGAAGAAAGCAGAAAUACCUCAAAGAGAAGAAGAGAAACAAAUCUCUGAGAUGGAUAUCCUGUGGAGAGAAAUGGAAAUGGCGUUGACAUCAUGUCAUAUUGAAGAAGGUUCAAAUGGUGCCAAUUUUGCUGAGGUUUCGGAAGAAUCUGAUCACACUUGUCAACAUGAUUACAGAUUGUACGAAGAAAUUGGAGUUUACUGCUUCAAAUGUGGCUUUGUGAAAACCGAGAUAAAGUAUGUCACGCCACCCUUUGUAAGUUCAGAACAAAACUUGAAAUGUGUGGUUUGA